AUGAUGAAGCUUCUCGUGCUCAUCGUUCUCGCGGUUACUGUCUACAGCGCAUGGAACGGUACCAUGCCUGACAUUCCUGGAAUAAGCGCCGAAAGCAUGGCAAAACUUCGUGAAAUGCUGAAUCCUCGCCCAGCUAAUAGGGAAGCAUUCAAACAGGUAAUGGAGAAAUGGAAGGGCACUCUUUCGGCUACGGAAAGGGCAGCCGCCGAUGCACAUAGGGAACAAAUGAUAAAACAAAGACAGCAACAAGGGAACCCAACUGCAUAA